UCUAAAGUCGGUUUAUGUAUCCCUAAACACGUGGAUAUUUUUGUUAUUACUUAAAAGACCUAAAAGCUGAAAGUAGAAUUAAUUUGAUUUAUUUAAAUCAUUAAUUUAUUCUAAAAAUGGCAAUGCUGGCAGAACCCCGUCAGCGAAAACGCUAUAACCUGGUACCGAAGGGCAAAGCUUUAUAUGAAGAUGAUUCGCGAUUCGGCACUAAGAUGUUGGAGAAGAUGGGUUGGUCGAAAGGUAAGGGAUUGGGAGCUAAGGAAGAUGGUUCACAAGAUUUUGUAAGAGUACGUUAUAAAAAUGACAGCCAGGGAUUGGGAUAUGAACAACGUGACGAUCAAUGGACGCAGCAUGAAAGCAGUUUCAAUGUUCUAUUGAAAAACCUUAAUGGCGAUGAGACCGUAGACGAUAUUCCAGUGACUGGUGGAGGCAGUGGAAAUAAGUCGUCGUCGGAGGAGGAUGAAAUAAGCCACGUGGGUUUUGGAUUUCAAGCUGACGAAAAACCGAAGCCUAAAAAAUCUAAACUGAAAGAAAAAAUUAGUGGAAUUUCACUGGAAGAAAGGUCGAAACAAAGCAAAGCUCGUGUCCACUACAAAAAGUUCACAAAAGGAAAAGAUCUCUCACAAUACAGUGAAAAAGAUUUGGCUAAUAUUUUUGGCAAAAAAGCGGACGAUGAGCAGCAGGCUUUGUAUGCUCAGAUGAAUGAUCAAUUCAAUGGAGCAGAUCAAAAUGAAGGAAAAGCUGCAAAUGAAAUGGAAAGUUUUGCUGGAGUGCAAACUAUUAGUACAGGAUUAUCAGUUUCGGAUUAUUUUAAAAUGAAAAUGGCUUCAUUAAAAAAUAAGUCCGGUCGUACAAACGGUCAUCGAAAUGAAGAUAAGGAAGACGAAGAAAUAGCUAACAAUACUAUGAACGAUCAUGAUACUUCGACGAAAAAGAAGAAGACGAAAAAAAGGGACAAAACUGUGGAAUGCGAGCAAAGCGAACUUCAGGUUGAAAUGGAAAAGCUGAUACCAGCAUCGGACCCAGACACGGAAAAUAAAUGCGAAAGUAAAAAGCACAAAGAAAAUAGUAAACAAUUGAAUGAAGACAAAACUGAAGUUGCGAAGAACGAAAUAAGCAACAGCACAUCAAUGAGGAAAAUUAAUAAGAAAAAGGAUGAAACAUUGGAAAAUAAGGAGAAAACUCCAGUAACAAGCGCAAAAUAUUCGGAGAUCGAAGAUAACCAGUCCCAUGUAAAGAUAGCUUCAAAGAAAAGAAAACAUGAAGACACCACUACCGAUGUUUUAGAAUCGACACAAAAAAGUAAAACUGUUAACGGAGAGGUGAAGCGAAAAAAAGAUAUCAGUGAAGAUAAAACAUCUUCCGAUGUAAACGCUUCAAAUCCAGAAUCAAAGUCAUUGUCUGAAAUCGGGAGAGAUGUUGAAGAAAAGCGAGAAGACAAACGUACCUCAGGUAAAAGAACUCGUGAUUUUUGUGAACAAAAUCUUAAUCUGGAAACCAUUGCUCUAUUAUCGUUGACCGAACUGGAGGAGAAACUGAAAAGCUUCAAUGUCUUUAAGAUGUCCACAUUUGCGGCUGAAAAGUUUAGAAACGUUGAUCUGAACUAUUUCCCAAACUCAACUCUACCACAGGUCGAGGGCUACGGUUUCAACCAAAACAUUGAAUUGAUUGUAGAAAACAACAAAAAAGACGCGCGGCGCAUCAAUAACCUAUGGAGUGACACCCUGUGUAAAUAUGCAAAUUUGGAGAAACCUAUAAAAACAUACCGCAGUUACGUCAAGGAUUGCAUAAAAGCCCGCAAAUUUAAACAACCUAAACCCAAAUUAAAAGUUAAGAAGUGGAAAAGAAAAGAUGCCUUCUCCCUUGUAUGAAAUAAGCGUCACAAUAAAUAAUCUAGGUACAUUUUUUAUGAA